CUCGGUAAUUAUCUCCAACAUAAUGUACAUCCUUUGUCAUGGUUUCCUAUCCAAACAAACCACAAAACACCUCUCUAUAGAUCUGGCUGUGGACACUCUGUAGAACGGCAAUGGGCCUAGUAUGUCUUUGUUAUUAUAGUAGAGAAGAGGUUCCACUGUUGUGUAGUGCAAAUCAUACGAAACUUUUAGCAAUUUCACAGACAGAAAGAUCGCUCGCAUAUUGCACUCCCAACAACUGCCCGGCCGACAAAAUUUCACGGAGAGAAAUUUUGCAGACAGCUAAUAAACCACGAAAUUUGUGAGUUGCCUUCCUCGACAGUUUUCCAAGAGACAGAGACCUGCAAGUAGCAUGAAGAGCUGUCCAGACUGAGGGUUGAGUCCCACAGCGGCCCGCAGGAAGUGGUAGGCGGAGGCGAGGGUAGUCGCGAGCUCCCGACAUCUACGACAGACUUGCCAGAGCCCUGGCCCCCAGUAUUUACGAGAAUGACGACAUCAAGAAAGGGAUUCUCCUCCAGAUGUUUGGAGGCUCGAGGAAAGACUUCCAGAACACUGGUCACGGGAGAUUCAGAGCCGACGUCAACAUCCUCCUCUGUGGAGACCCGGGCACCAGCAAAUCGCAACUACUCCAGUAUGUUCAUAAUCUGAUGCCACGAGGUCAGUACACGUCAGGGAAAGGGUCCAGUGCUGUCGGUCUGACAGCCUACGUCACUAGAGACCCUGAGACAAGGCAGCUGGUCCUUCAGACCGGUGCACUGGUUCUGAGUGACAACGGGAUCUGCUGUAUCGAUGAGUUUGACAAGAUGAAUGACAGUACCAGAGCCAUUCUUCAUGAAGUCAUGGAGCAGCAAACUAUCUCCAUAGCCAAGGCUGGUAUCAUCUGCACCCUCAACGCCAGGACCUCCAUCCUGGCUGCCGCCAACCCCCGCAUGUCUCAGUGGGACGAGCGAUCGACUGUGGUGGAGAACAUCCAGCUGCCCCACACCCUCCUCAGUCGAUUCGACCUCAUCUUCCUCAUGUUGGACCCACAGGACGAGCAGUUUGACAGACGACUGGCGACUCAUCUGGUGUCUCUCUACCACCAGAGCAAGGAGGACGAAGAGAAUGUGUUUAUGGACAUGUCAUCUCUGAGGGACUACAUUGCCUAUGCCAGAUCAUACAUCCAGCCAUCACUGUCAGAGGAGGCAGGCCAGGCUCUGAUCCAGGCUUAUGUCGACAUGAGGAAGAUAGGGAGCAGUCGAGGGGCAGUGACAGCCUACCCAAGACAGCUGGAAUCUCUCAUUCGUUUGGCAGAGGCCCAUGCCAAGAUGAGGUUUUCAGGUACUGUGGAGAUAGUGGAUGUUGAGGAAGCAAAGAGACUCCACAGAGAGGCUCUCAAGCAGGCGGCCACAGACCCAAAGACAGGUAUCAUAGACGUGGGUAUCCUGACGACGGGAGUGAGCAGCUCGGAGCGAAGUCGACGCCAGCUGCUGGCCAAAGAGCUACUGAAACUGCUGCAGUCCAAGGCCAAGUCUGGAGCUCAGCUCAAGACACAGGCUGUCCUGGAGAUGAUGCAGGCUCAGUCUCAAGUGGUGAGCUAUGAGGAAAAUAUGUACUACGGAAUUCACACUACGUUCAUUUGUGAUUUUCACACACAUCAUCCAGUGGGGGCUCAUGAUUAACCCAGUCAACAGUGCCUGCCAGUAGUAGGCCUAGCCAGUAACCGUUUUGUUGACUUGAAAUAAUUCUCCCCCCUCUCCCUGCAGCCGGUGAGUCAGGCUCAGUUUGAGGCGGCUCUGAGGAUUCUGAGAGAUGAAGAUGCCAUCACUGUGACGGGGCAGACCGUCAGAGUCUGCUGAACUAUAGUGAUACACUAUGACUAACUAACUACAACGUACUGUGUGAAUUUUAGUAGUAGAGGCAGCAAUGAACUGCUGGACUUCAUGCAAGUAUACCUCUGUCUGCGCCAAGUGCGGUAAGGGUCUCACCCAGGCAAGU